AUGACACCGACACCUGCCGUAGAAGACGAGCAAUGGAUUGAAACAACAUAUGAUACAACGACUUUAUACUCAAUUACUGUUCGAAUUCGUUUGAUAGAUACUUUAUGUCAAAUCGAAAUGCAUGGUGAAGCAUCGAUUGGUGAAUUGAUCACCGAUAUAUCCCAAAAGGCCAAUUUGACUGCGCCACCGGAUCAUUAUUAUCUAAUGUUUGAUGCGCAUGAAUUAGAUAUCAAUGAUACAAUUCGAAAAUCAGGUCUACUUAAUUCGAUAGGUACUUCUGUUCAAAGCUAUCCAGAACUUCGAUUAAAAGUUGUACAUCAAGUCAAAGAAUCAAUUCAUCUUGGCACGCACGUCGUGCUUAUCUCACCCGAAAAACUUGUUUAUCAGGAAAUUCUCAAAAUACCAGCUUCACCAACCCAAAAACAAAUAAUGCCCGAAAUUUUACAACCGUUAGCUAAACAAACCUUUAAGCACAAAUCUCAAUCAUCGAUGUUCUUGUCAAACUUAAUUUCCAUGCCUGUCUUUACUAAACAAGUGAUCGAUGAAUUACCCUCAAUUCGUAUUACUAUAUCAUUGAAACAAGACAAAUUCAAUUGGAAUACAUUUUUGAAAUUCUUAGCUAUUGAUCUUGAAAUUGACAGAAAUGAUAUGUUUCUAAUGAGUGCCCAAGAAGGCAGCACUAAAUUCGAAAUCAAGUUCAAAGCGUCUAUUUCACUUUGUAAGAAAAAAAUGAAAAAAAUUGCCGAGAAAUUGUGCGUGAUUAUUCUUCCAACAAGCAGGUGUGCCCAGUUUAUAGCUGAACAAAAGUCGUUGGGGGACAUUACGGAAGUCUCAAAAAUUGAAGCUAAACUACACAACUUCUUCGAAGGCAAAAAUUCAAUUGAGGCUGAAACUUCACUGACACCUGAUGACAUCGAUGCUGUCCUUACACUUGUGCAGCGACCAGCAAUUAUUGAUGCACCAUCCUGGCAAUAUCUCACAGAGAAAAGCCGCGAGAUUAGCAGUUGUAUUCUGCAUGCUUUUCAAAUGUCACCAAUCGAAUACGUCAUCGAAAAUUUGUCACUCGUUCACAACGAAGAUUUAUAUAAGCUAUACCAUGAUUGUUAUGCUCACGGCGAAGAGAAGAUACUUUUUCACGGAACACAGACAUCCAACUUUGAUGGUAUAUUCGAAAAAAAUUUUCAAAAUUUUGUUGGUUCCAAAAGAACGGAUUCAGGAUGGUACGGUAGAGGUAUCUAUUUUAGUACUUCACCCAAAUAUUGCGCCAGCUAUGCACACUCAGAUGUUAAUUCCAUCGUCUAUUUAAUAUGCAGCCUUGUUAAACUCGGUAAAAUGUAUCAUGUAACAGAUAUGUCCUACAUGGGAAAAGAGAUGCGUGUCGAUUCGGAUAGUCACUAUGUGAAAGUCACCGCCAGUGGACAUCCAACGAAUGCAGAGCACUCCUUUUUCGAAGAGUUCGUUAUCAAGCAAAGCAAUCAAAUUCUACCGCUUUACAUUAUUGGUCUACGACCUGUACAUCGUUUUGUUCUCUGGCGCGAUCCUAAGAUUUCCGACGACCAUAAUGGGCCACUAUUCGCACAGAUGAAACAAGGAUAUAAUUUUAAUAUUUAUGGAAGUGAAACAUCUGCAGAAGCACUUGCUGUUCUCGAGUGUAAGCUUAACGAUCCAAAGAUGCAAUGCGUGGUCGUGACGAAUGGCGCCGAUAAAGGUGAAGAAUUUGUACGUCAAUGUCGAAACAUGCGGUCAUCAUUGCCAAUGAUUGUUUACUGUUCUCAAGUAGGCUAUCAUAAACUAUGGGCAACAAAAAUCGGCGGACAUCCUGAAAUUCAAGUUACUGGGAGCUCAAAUGAUGUGUUUAACUUCAUUAAUUCCACAUUUCCGAAAACGGCUAUCUGA